CCGACUUGAGAAACAUAAAUCUAAAAAAAAAUUCCUACUUUUUGAUUUUCGCAAAGACCCCUCCUUCCUCUCAUCGUCCUUCCUGUCUCCUGAGUGAGCAUAUGUUCAAAAAGUCUCCCCUUUUCAAGAUCCUUUCUAUUCUCUACAUAGAAACAGAUCAAUUUCCGUAGUUGGUGUCUUCAAUCUUCUGAAAGGGAGACUCAUUUCUCACUUUCAAUCUCGUUUUUAGGUUUUCGAAAAGGAAGGAGAAAAAUCAAUUGAUUAAGCUGGGGGUAGGGGUUUACACUUGAAAGACUUUAUUGUGCUGUGUCAACAAGCUUCAAUGGAGCAAACUUUAGGCCAAGACUCCCCUCCUACUUCUGGACCAGUGGAUAAGUCUAGGGUUCUAGACAUAAAGCCCCUGCGAUCCCUUUCUCCAGUAUUCCCUUCAUCUUCUAAUGGUGCUGCCCCAUUUGUUUGCUUCCCUCCAUCUGGUCCUUUCCCUUCUGGGUUUGCGCCAUUUUACCCAUUUUCUGGUUCCUCAGAUUCUGGAAACCCUCAAACCCCAUUUUCUAUGCCCAAUCAACCUUUUGGCUUCGCUACCCCUAUUUCUACUGCAGUUCCCAUAAAUUCAUAUAGGACUGCAAAUGGAGAUGCAGGUCCAUCUGGAAAGAGACCCAGAGGCCGUCCAAGAUUGCAACGUAAUACUGUGGUUGCUGAAGAAGAUGGGUUCAGUGAUGAGCAAGAACAGAGUACUCAGUAUUCUAGUAGGGGCAGGAAAAUAAAGAGUAUGACUCCUAAGAGGACAAAGCGUGGCCAGGAUAUGAAUUCUACUUUACCCGAUGUGGACACGGAUGCAAUGGUUAAUAAUAUCCUUGAAUCAUUUCAGCACAUGAAAUUCGAUGCAUCUGGGGCUGAUGGUGACAGAGACACAGUGGAGAAUAUACUUAUGAUAAACAAUUUGCUUCGAAGAAAAAUUGCACUGAUUGAAGAUUCAAAAGAAGCAACAUCUAUAACCAAACGACCUGACUUAAAAGCCGCAGCAAUCUUAAUGAGCAAAGGAAUUCGCACAAAUGCCAGGAAGAGAAUUGGUGCUGUACCCGGGGUUGAAAUUGGGGAUAUUUUCUAUUUUAGGAUGGAAUUGUGCUUGGUUGGAUUGCAUGCACCAAGUAUGGCUGGGAUUGAUUACAUGGUUCUGAAGACAUCUCAAAAUGAAGAGCCAGUAGCAGUUAGCAUUGUCUCAUCUGGAGGAUAUGAGGACAAUGUGGAGGAUGGGGAUGUCUUGAUUUACAGUGGCCAGGGUGGGAAUCUUAACUUGAAAGAUAAGGAAGCAACUGACCAGAAGCUUGUAAGGGGAAAUCUUGCUUUGGAGAAGAGCCUGCAUCGAGGUAAUGAGGUCCGAGUAAUACGAGGUGUAAAGGAUCCAGCAUCUCUAACUGGAAAGAUAUAUGUCUAUGAUGGUCUUUAUAAAGUCCAGGAGUCAUGGGUGGAGAAGGGGAAGGCUGGGUGCAAUGUAUUUAGGUUUAAAUUGAUCAGGGUUCCUGGACAGCCCGAAGCAUUUACAUUGUGGAAAUCUAUCCAGCAAUGGACUGAUGGCAUCACUCCUAGAGUUGGUAUUAUAUUGCCAGAUCUUACUUCUGGGGCAGAAAAUUUGCCUGUUUCUCUUGUAAAUGAUGUUGAUGAUGAGAAGGGACCUGCAUAUUUUACAUAUUCUCCUACUCUCAAGUUUCCAAAACCAGUAACUUCUGUAGAGCCUUCAGCUGGCUGCACUUGCCAUGAUGGAUGUGUUUCUGGUAACUCCAACUGCCACUGCAUUCAAGGAAAUGGAGGCUAUCUUCCAUACACUUCGGGUGGAGUUCUUGUUAGCCAAAGGCCUUUGGUACAUGAGUGUGGUCCAUCCUGCCAGUGCUCUUCGACUUGCAAGAACCGACUGUCUCAAGGUGGCCUAAAAGUUCGUCUGGAGGUGUUUAAGACUAAGAAUAAAGGUUGGGGUUUGAGGUCCUGGGAUCCUAUCCGUGUUGGAGGCUAUAUCUGUGAGUAUGCCGGGGAAGUUGUUGAUAUUUCCAGGGCAGAGGAUGAAAACAAUAAUCGUUACAUUUUUGACGCUACCCGCACUUUUCAGUCAGCGGGAGAUCUGCCUGGUGAAUCAAAUGAGGCUCCAAAGGUCCCAUUUCCACUAAUUAUAAGUGCAAAAGAUGUUGGUAAUGUAGCACGGUUUAUGAAUCAUGGUUGCAGCCCAAAUGUACAGUGGCAGGCAGUUCUUCGGGGGAACAAGGAGUAUGAUCUUCAUAUCAUGUUUUUUGCUCUCAAGAACAUUCCACCUAUGACAGAGUUGACAUAUGAUUAUGGAAUGGUCCCACCAGAUAAAGUAGAACAGAGGAAGAAAAAGUGCCUUUGUGGCUCACCAAAGUGCAGAGGUUACUUUUGCUAGAGGGUGAUUGGCAGCUAAAUUCAGAUGAAGGUUGCCAUUGCUAACUUAUGUUUUGGCAAAAGGUGGAUCAAAUUUUCCAGCUCCUGUUGCUGAUGAAUGGGUACAGAAUGUCUUUUGUAGCAUCAUGUUGUGUUAACAUCAUGAAGAACUUCUGAUGUGUAGCUUUAGGGUGAAGAACUUAUUAAGUUUUUAACUUUUGGGGGUAUAUCCCAUGUGUAAUUUACUUCAGACUCCAUCUGUAUCCCGUUCAUUCUGUAACUUAUUAUGUUUUGUUUGACUUCUCCUCUGGACUAUUAAGUAGUAAAAUAGUGGUCCCCUUUUGAGUAU